CACACCUUCGUUAAGACUAACAUCGAUAAGUUCCGGGACUUUUUACACUACACAUGGUUGGUGCUGCAAUGUCGGACCAUACACGGAUGCUGCAGUUGUGCUUCUUCGUGAGCAUUGUGUUGAGUAAUGGUUCUUUGAUCAAAGCUAAUAACUGUUCGUUCAAGUUGGAACAGCACAAGUGUAUUGUUGACUGUGCGUCCCUAGGAUGGACCCGCGUACCGAGGAUUACAACAUGCCUGGUAACCUAUUUAGCAUUGACAAAUAACUACAUUACGCGACUAUCCACUGGUACAUUUGUAUUUUUUCAACAUCUUCUGACGCUGCUCCUGAACCAAAAUCGAAUAUCUACAAUAGAGAAAGGUGCGUUCUCUGGUCUGUCGAAGUUACGAAGAUUACAUCUGCAAGGAAACCAAAUACAUUUGUCCUCGCCAAAUUUCCCAGCGAAUCUUUUUCAAGAUUUGGUGUCGCUAGUCUACUUGAAUAUCGGUCACAACCCAUUCAAUAAGAACGAUAGCAUUUACCCUUCUAAAGCACUGUCGCGGAUUACUAAUUUACAAGAACUGACAAUGGAUUUGUAUCAGACACCAGUGUUUGGUAACGAAUUUGCUCGUCUUAAUCACCUUAGAGCCAUGUAUUUUACAUCAUGUCUGCUGAUGAAUUUAACCAACCUGACGUUUGUGAAUUUUAAAACAAAUCCAAUACAGGUAUUAUCUCUUAGAGAAUGUUCCGCUAUACUCCUGGUUGAGACUGGAUUUCUAAUUCCAUUCAGUCAUUUGCGAGUGCUGGAUCUUUCCGGAAGCCGCCUCCGCCUACAGAAAGCAUUGUCCUCUCUAUACCCUUUACAGAAUAAAACCAUGGACGCCAUCAACAUGUACAAUGUUGAACACAUCUCAUACGGGGACGUCCCAUUUACUCACCCCGUACUGGACAAUGAAUCAAUGCGUUAUCUAAAGGAAAUAUGUGUGAAAUAUUUUAAUAUAGGACACAACAAGAUAUCUGGGAUAUCAAUGGAAGCUGUAAUGCAGUGGAAACACAUUGAGUGUCUGACGGCGCUGAUUUUAAAGGAAAACUUCAUUGCUUUAAAUGGAGCUAGGACACACCAAGAAACUUUGAUUUUUAUUUGGAAAUCAACAAAUCUGCAAACUUUAGAUUUUUCGUAUGAUUAUGGGGUAUUUCCAAAGGACAACGCUAGGAAGGACAUCCAUAUUGAAGGAUUAUGGACGGGUGGACGUGUGAAUAACAGCUCGUGUAAGAUACAAACAGACACAAAUCGGACAGAAAUUACAAAAUCAUCAACUAGCAGUACAUACGAUAUACACAAUGCGUGCCGUCAGGAGGUUGUUAUACCCUUCCCAAAGACUUUGCAUACUAUUCGCUUUGAUCAUAUAAUGGCUAAUGAAUUACACUUUUACGGUAACAGAACAUUCAAAGUUGUCGGUGGGCAAAUAGAAGUGUUUGAUAUCUCUUACAUGCCCCUGGAGGGCUUUGACAUUGAUAUGGAACUGGAUUUCAAGAAGAUCGACUUCGUAAACUUAUCUGGGUUAGAUAUGAGAAAACUUAAUUCAGUCUUUAUCAAGGUAUUUUCUGGGACAAAUACAUUACAAAUGCGAGACAUCAAUCUGGACAAGGUUUUAAACAGCCACGUGAGACUUAUAGACCUGUCAUUUAACCGGCUGGUUGGUUUAAACCAGAGCGUGAUGGACUGGUUAGACAAUAUACAACAUGGCCACGGCAAUAUGUCGAUCUUCUUAGAAGGAAACAUACUUCAGUGCAGCUGUCUGACGCGAGAUUUUGUAAUGUGGCUAUCAAAAACUUCAGUUACUUUGGAUCACCAUGGUGACUACCGCUGCUUUCUGGAGAAUGGGCAAGUGUCAAAUACUUCUACUGUCCUUCGCGAUUACAGUGUACAUUUCGAGAAAUGCGUCAGUAAGUUUUGGAUAGAGUUCUCUAUCAGCGCGAUGUCGGUGUUGCUCCUCGUCGUUAUCACAGGGAUCGUAGUAUACCGCUAUCGAUGGAGGAUCAGGUACUGGUGCUACAGAACGUGCAGCAAGGCAAGCGUCCGGGCUGCUAUGGCCGACCAUUUACGAGAGGUUUGUACAUUUGACGCUUUCGUUGCCUACUCCGGCGAAGAUUACCGCUGGGUGUUUGACGUUCUGAGAACAAGACUGGAGACAGAACGAGGAGUAAAACUUUAUCUUCAUGACAGAGAUUUUAAGAUAGGCACGCCAAUCGGUCAAAACAUUGUCGACCGUAUGCGUGAAAGUAUGACGAUCAUUUUCAACAUUUCCCCGGGUUAUUUACAGGCCACGUGGUGCGAGUUCGAAUUACAAAUGGCCGCCAUGGAUAUUUUUGAGAGGGGAGAACCGGAAAUGCUUAUCGUCAUAUUUCACGAGGAAGCAGAUCCAAGGGAUAUGCCACGCGCACUUCGUGAUAUAUGGGAUAAAAUUACCUGCAUUGAGGUACCAAAUCGACGGGACUUUGCGGACGAUAACCUGUUCAUAGAGGCCGAGGAUUUGUUCUGGGAACGACUUCACAGUGGUAUCAUUAACGCUUCUUUAUAGAAUAUAAACCAAUUACACUCUAUAUAUUAAACAUAGCUAGUAAUGUGUUAUUGGGACAUAUUAUUUUAAACUUGUUUAAGACAAUCCAAUACAAAAUUAUAAAACAAGAAUAAUUUCAAAUAUUUCUAUGA